AUGCAACAACAUCAAGCCCAACAGAAGUUGUUUGAGUCCCAACUUGCUCAAUUAGCCAACCUACCUCUACCAACUUUAUUCCCAUCCAACCCUCAACCCAACCCAUCCACCCCACCUCUAUCUCCUAACACCCUAAACUCUAACCCUAACAACCAUACAUGCAAGGCAAUCUUCCUUAUAUCGGGGACUUCCUAUCCUACUCCAGUUGAGGCUACAAGCGAUGAUUUUGGGGAAGGUUCUUCAAAGGGUAACGAUCUACUUGGUAACGUUGAAGAAGGAUGUGAGAACAAGAACAAUGUUGAGAAAGAGAAGAAAGUGUUGGAUCAAGAAGAGAGAUGGAAGGAAAUCCAAGAGAGAAAGGCUUAUGAGCGUCUGCAUGCCCCACCGCUACCUUUUCCAUACAAAGCGGUGGGAAAACAAUUGCAAGCCCAGUUUCUAAAAUUUCUUGAGCAUAUGAGGAAACUUAAGAUGAAGAUCCCAUUCUUAAAGGCCAUGGAGCAAAUGCCUCAAUAUACCAAGUACUUGAAGACUCUCUUGGGGAACAAAAAGAGGCUUAAGAGCAAACUUUUCAAUGUACCAAAGCAAGUAAGUGCCAUCAUCCAAGGCACAUGGGCCAAAAAGGAAAAGGCUCGAGGACCCUUUGUGCUCCCAAUCACUCUUGGGAAACUCAGUUUUAAGGGAGCACUCGCUGAUUUAGGGGCCUCGAUUAGCCUCAUGCCGAUGUCUAUUGCCAAGCAACUCACUUUUGAGCUCAAGCCAUCAAGAAAAACCAUCCAACUCGCCUACCAAAGUUUUAAGAUACCAUGUGGGGAGUUCGAGGAUCUACCUAUUCAAGCGGGAAACAUCGUGGUCCCAUGCGAUUUUGUUGUGCUAGACAUUGUAGAGGAUCCCUGUACUCCCUUCAUUCUUAGGAGAGAUGCUUUGAAGACCUUGGGUGCCGUCAUUGAUUGUGAAUAA